AUGCAACGUUUAGCUGAUUAUUUUCUUGUGGUCGGUUAUGAUCAUGAUGAAGAACGAGGUGGUCGUUCAUGUGGUAAAAUUAUACAACGUUUUCCAGAUAAAGAUUGGCCUGAUUGUCCAUUUAAUCCACGUAUUAUACAUUUUUGUCAACCACAAGGAUGGAUAUUAACAGCAAAACGUGAAUUACCAACAUUUUUUAUAUCAAUAUUAACUGAUUUAGAUGGUUUAAGACAUUAUUGUGCUUGUUUAACAUUUCAUCAAACACUUUUACCAACAACAACAAAUAUAUUAUUAAAUAAAACUAAUGAUUAUAGUGAUGAAGCUGAUGAUACAGCUUUUUUAUUACCUCGUACACAAAUGUAUGCACCGAAAUGUUUAGUACUUACAUCAAAAUUAGAUUGUUUCGAAGCAUUUAGAAAUUGUCUUGGUAUUGUUUAUACAAUGUAUGUCGAACCUUCGUCAGAUAUUCGGAUUGAAACACUCGUUGGUAAUAUUCUUGCAAAUGUUAAUGUACCACCACCUGGUGGACAUGCACUUCGUUUUUCAAUUGGUGCUGAUGAUCGACAAGUGAUACAACCACCAGCUAGUCCAACAGUACCUUGUACUGGUCUAUCUGUAUAUAAUCUUUUUAAAGAAUUAGGAAUCGAUCAUGUUGUUACAAUAUUUUGUGCUGCAUUGUCAGAUAUAAAAAUUUUAUUCUUUUCAAGAAGCUAUUGGAAAUUAACUGAAGCUUGUAAAGCAGUGGAAUCUCUUUUAUAUCCACUUAAAUAUUGUUAUACAUUUAUUCCUGUGCUUCCAUUUGAUCUAAUUGAAAUACUUGAUGCACCAACUCCAUUUAUAAUUGGUGUUCAUUCAGAUCAAAAAUUACAAGCAUUAGCUAAUUUCGAUGGUUUAUGGAUUGAUUUAGAUGGUGCAAGUGUUCAUUUAACAGAAAAUCUUAAACUUGCUCCAAUGCCUGAAAAACCAUAUUAUCGUAUAUUAUCUUCAUUAUUUCAAAUUCUUAAACCUGAUAUACAUGCAGCUGAUUUAGCAUUUCCAUUAAAUGGACGAAUGAAUUUAAAAUUAGAUAGUGGAAAUUCAAUGGUAUCUGAUUAUCCAAAAUAUAAAGAAGAAUCAAAUAAAGAUAAACAAAUUCGUGCUAUUUUUAUUCGUUUUUUUUCUGAAUUAUUUGCUGGUUAUCGUUCAUGUUUAUUAAUUAUUCGUAUUAAUCCUAAACCAGUUAUUUCAUUUCAUAAAGCAAGUUUUCUUGGUCAUCAUCGAUUAGUUAAAGAUGAAUUUAUGUUACGUGUACUUGAUUCAAUGUCAUUUCAUAAAUUUAUUGAAGAACGUGGUCCACCAUUUCGAUCAUGUGAUAUAUUUGAUGAAGUUUAUGCAAUGAUUUAUGAUCAAUUAAAACGUGAAAAAGAUUCAAUAACAAAUAAUAAUUCAACAACUAUUAUAGAACAUAUUAAAGAAUUAGCAAAUCAACUUUUAUUAAAUGAAAAUCCAUCACCACAACAAACAUAUACACAAAAAGUACCACAACCAUCACAAACUAGUUGUAUGCGUGAUAAUUUAUCAGAAUUUCCACAUUUGGAUAAAGAAUUAGUUAAUGCAGCAAUUAAAGAAGGAAUUAAAAAACAACAAAAUAGCAGACCUUAUUCAGCUCGAGUUAGUCAACCAUGUAUGGUAAAAUUAGGUACACCAAUACAUGUACUUAAUGGACGAAGUGAUAUAUCACAAUCAGCACGUCGUUUAGAAGUAUUAAAACAAUGUGUUGGAUAUAUAUUUAGUGAUAAAAUUGCUGAAGCAAAAAAAACAAGUGGUGCUGUAUUUUAUUCAAUUAAAAGUCAUGAAGAUGCUCGAAUUGCAUUAUGUAAUGAAUUAGCUUCAUAUAAAAAACAAAAUAAACCAAGAUUAAAUAAUCAACAAUUUGAAAUGAUUGCAAAUUUACUUAAUUGUGCACUUGAAGCAAGUUCAUCUAUUGAUGAACAUGGUAUUGCUUAUAUGAUGCUUACGUUAGCAACAACAUUUCAUCGAAAAUUAAGUGAAGAAGCAACACAAUUUAUUUAUACUGAAAUACAACGUCAUGCUGUUUGGACAAAUAUGCAAUUUUGGGAAAUGUCAUUUUAUUCUGAUGUUCAACUUCAAAUACGAAAUUUAUAUUUAUCACAUGAAGAUUCAAAUCAAAUAAAUGUUGAAGUUUCAACAGUAACUGAUUCAUUAUCAACAUCAUCAACAGAUACAGUUACACAUCAAGUAUCAACAACAACAACAACAAUAAAUGAAUCAUUAUCUAAUGAAAAUUCAUUUCAUCAUAAUGGACCAAUAAUACAUGAAAAAACAGCUAUAGAAAUAGCUGCUGAACAAAUGCGUCUUAAUGCUCAAAAACCAUCUGAAGAACAACAUUCAAUUGAAGAUCUUGAAGAACAAACACUAUAUGCAUUAGCAAUACAUUAUAUACAAUUAAUGGUUUAUAUGAAACUUCCAUUAGAUAUAUCAUCAUCAACAAAUAUUCGUCAUUCAAUAUAUAAUCAUGGUUCACAAAUAACAAGUGGUGAUGCAGAUAGUGUAACAAGUGAUUUUUAUCAUAGUGCUAAUGAUCCAUUUAAUGUACGAGAUGCUGAUGAAACAUCAACUGUUGGUUCACAUGAUAGUGGAAAUGGAUUUGAUUUAAAUAAUGAUGAUCAAGUAACUGAUCUUGUACUUAGUUUUGUUAGAAAAUUUGUUGAUAAAAUUUGUGAUGAAAGUGGAGUUAAUACAACACAUAAAAAUAGUCUUCAUACAAAACUUUAUCAAACUGUUCAAAUUCAAAUUGAAGUUCUUGAAAAAGUUUAUCGUGAAACACGACGAGUUGCACCAAUGCCUAAACCAUUAUUACCACGUUUUGUUACUAUACCAGAAUUAUUUGAACAUGAAGAAUCUAUUGCUCUUCGUUCAUAUUUAUUACCUGAUGGAAGAGAUGAAUUUUUUAUUGGACAAAAUUCUUUAUUACCAGCUGAAGGUGCUUUAAUUAUGACUAAUUAUCGAUUGAUUUUUAAAGGUCGUCCUGUUAAUCCAGCAAUUGCGAAUGAUUAUGUAAUUGUUCGUUCAUUUCCAAUUUCAUCAUUAAUUCGUGAAAAGAAACUUUCUGGUCAAUUUCGUGUUGAUAAUUCAAAUAUUUGUCUUCAUAAUGGUAUUCAAUUACGAUCAGCAACAUUUCAAUUAAUCAAAGUCUUUUUUGAUGAUGAAGUUCUUGUUGAUGAUAUCGAAAAAUUUCGUACAAAACUUGUUGAAAAACGUUAUCCGGAAUCUGUUUUUCAAACAUUUUGUUUUUCAAUUUAUAGUGAUUAUAAUCCUGUUAUAAGUAAACAAAAAGAUGGAACACUCAAAAAAUAUGGUCGUUAUGCUCGUAAUGUUUUACGUAAAAAAGGACUUAUACCACCAAAAGAUUUAACAACACAUCAAAAUGUAGCAUUAAAAUCGAAUGGUACAGGUAGUAAUACAGGUGGUCUUAAAACUUUAAAUGGUUCAAUACGACAUCAACAAAAUAUAUUAAUUCGUACACCUGAACCUGUUCGACGUAGUUUAACAUUAAUAAAUACACGUUCACCUAAAUCUAUAUCAACACAUAAUAAUGAACGAUCAUUAACUGGAGUUUCAACAAUAACAACACCAUCAACAAUACAUGAAUGUGAUGAAGGCAUAAGUGGAAAUAAUAGUGAUGAUGAAGAUGAAGAUAGAUCAUCAAAUACAAUUGAUGAAUCAAAUAAUUAUGCAACAAUAUCAAAUGAAACAAAAAGUCUUGAACGUUUUACAGAUAGUUUUGUUUAUAAAGAUUUUGUUCGACAAGGUCUUAUUGCAACAACAUUUCCAUCAUCACGUUCAACAAUACGUACAACAACUGUUACAUCACUUACAUCAACAAUUUCAUUAAAUGUUUCAUCAAAUAUAAAUGAAAAUAAUUCAAAUAGUAAUGGACAACAAUUAAUUAAUUCAACAAAUGGAAAUAAUAAUAAUAAUAAUGGAAUAAAUACAAUAAUAGGAACAGGAAUAAAUACAACAUCAACAAAUAAUAAUACAUUAAUGAUGACAAGUGAUGAUGCUUUUCGUAUUUCACAUAUUAAUCGAAAUUUUGGUUUUUGUAGAAGCUAUCCAUUGGUACUUGUAUUACCUAAAGAUAUUCUUGAUGAAAGUUUAAAAAAAGUAGCACGAUGUCAUAAACUUCAACGUGUUCCUGUUAUUGUCUGGCGUAAUCCACGUACAAAAUCUCUUUUAUUACGUGGUUCUUCAUUUUGUAAUAAAGGUUUUAUUAAUUUACUUGUUAAAGGUCCACAAACAAAUACAAGUUCAUCAAGUGAUACAAAUGCAAGUAUAGAACAAGAACGUUAUUUUGAUGCUAUUGUUAAAUUAACACCAACAAAAAUGCCAUUUUCAUCUGAUCUUGGUGAUGGUGAUGAACCUGAAUCAACUGAUAUAACACCAUUAUCUGUUCGAAAAACAACACAUCAUUCAGCAACAAAUCGUUUACAAAAUUUUUUACCAACACGUGUUUUACAUGAUCGUCCACGAACAAAAAAAAUGAUAAAAAAUCAAAAUGAAAAUAUAUCAAAUAAUCGAUUAAUAAAUAAAAAUCGUAUAUCCGCUCUUCUCAAAAGUUCGAGUAGUACAACAUUAACGGAUCAUAUGCGAUUGGCUUUCGCAAGUAUUAAUGUUCAUUCAAAUGCUGAUACAUUACCGAGAAGUGAAACAGCAAGUUAUACAUCAAUGAAUUCACCAACACCAUCAUCAAUAACAACAAGUGGUGGUGGUGGUGGUAGUGGAUCAACAAAUUUUGAUAUUGAUUUUAAUGAAUCUAUUUUACAAGUUCAUAAACGUUCACCACUUUAUAUUAUUGGUGAUCGUGCUCAACAUCGCACUGGUCGUCUUGAACAAUUUCAAAAUUAUUGUUUUCUUCCACUUGAAUUUCAUGAUAUUAGUCAAAUAAAAACAAGUUUUAAAAAAAUGACACGUGCUUGUGUUCCAAGUAUGUCAGCACAAAUAUCAAAUAAUCAUGCACAUAGUAAUGUAAAUGAUAUAUCAUCAGUUACAUUACCACAUUCAGUAUCAUUUUAUAAACUUAUUGAAGAAUCACGAUGGCUUUAUCAAUUACAAAAAAUUUUAAUGGUUUGUGUAUAUAUUGUUCAAUUUAUUGAAGAUCAUGCAUCAUCAGUAAUGAUAUGUGUUGAAGAUGGUUGGGAUACAGCUGCACAACUUGUUUCAAUAAGUGAAUUAUUACUUGAUUCAUAUUAUCGAACAUUUGAAGGUUUUCAAACAUUAAUUGAACGUGAAUGGUUUGCAUUUGGACAUCGUUUUUCACAUCGAUCAAAUCAAACAGCAACAAAUAAAACUGGUUUUGCACCUGUUUUUCUUCAAUUUCUUGAUCUUGUUCAUCAAAUUUGGAAUCAAUAUCCAAGUGAAUUUGAAUUUAAUCAAUAUUAUCUUCGUUUUCUUGCUUAUCAUCAUUUAUCAAAUCGUUUUAAAAAUUUUAUGCUUGAUUGUGAUUGUGAACGUAAAAAAGAUCGUAAUUGGUAUGUUGAUACAACUCGUGAUUCAUUAACAGAUGAUAUUACUGGUUUAUAUCGUUGUAAUACAAUAAAUAUUUGGGAUUAUAUAACAAAGGUUAAUCGAGAAUCAGCUAGAUUUUAUAAUUUUCUUUAUUCACCAUCAAAUGAUAGUUGUGUUCUUCGUCCAUCAUAUAAAAUGUUUUCACUUGAUAUAUGGGAUUUUUACUUAAGUGAAACAUUAGAAACAGGUUGUCCAUAUGAUCUUGAUAUAGCUUUAGCUGAACAUGAAGAACAUUUAAAUGAUAUAGAAUUAAAACAACGUACUAAAUGUAUAUCAACUAUAUAUGAUGAUAUUAGUAUUUGUUUACCGGAUUUUUUUAAUAAUAUUGUUUCUGAAAUGUCUAAUACAUUACAAUAUACAAAUACUGAAUCAUGGAAGGUUUAUUGGGAUAAAAUUGAAAAACCUGAACGAGAAAAAGUACAGCGUUUAUCAAUGCAAGAUGAAGCAUAUAAACGAAUGAAUUCAAAUCAAAAUUAUCUUCAACCACAACGAUCAUUAUCAUCAUCUAUAUCAUCAUCACGUACAUCAUCAAUGUAUGGUACUCAUGCAUAUGAAUUUAAACAAUUUACAACAGCACAAAUUUGUGAUGCUUGUGAUGAAUUAAUUGAUUCAAAAAAAUCACCGAAUGAAGGAAUACGAGCACUUCAAUGUCGUGAUUGUUUAAAUGUUUGUCAUGAAAAAUGUCGAUCAAUAGCAUCAUGUAAACCAUGUCGACGAAUUGGUGUUAGUGGAUCAUCAGAUUCUCAAAUUGUUGUUAAUUCAACUCGAUUUGAAACAGGCAGUGUUACAGAUAUUACUGAUGUUUUAUUGGAGAAAGCGGGUGUUUAUGAUCAUCAUGGAUUAUCACAUCCAUUUUCAUCAUCAAGUGUAACUGGAAAUAAUUCAGGUCCACAUCAUCGAACACAUGAAGGUUAUUUAAGAAAACGAGGUCAUUUAUUAAAACAAUGGAAAGAACGAUGGUUUGUACUUGAUUCUGUACGACAUGAGCUUCGAUAUUAUGAUAGUAGUGAUGAUCAAACAGCAAAAGGUGUUAUUCUUUUAGCUGAUGCUGUAGAAAUUCUUCCUUAUACUGGACCAUUUCCAAAUGCAUUAAGACGAUUUGAUAGUCGAGCUGCUUUUGAAUUACAUACAAAUCGUCGUAUUUAUAAUUUUAUAGCUGCAACACCUCAAGAUGCUCAAACAUGGACCGAAAAAAUCAAAUCAUGUCUUCUAGAUUCUUAG